AUGUCAAACUCAUCCUGUUUGGGAGCGAUCAAGUUGAUGGACGGUGACGGUGUCGACGUGGACGGUGCAGAUGUUGAUGGUGCUGACAUGGACGGUGCAGAUGUUGAUGGUGCUGACAUGGACGGAGUGGCCCAAAUUGCCCCACUCUCAUGCGUUCCCCCCACCCCAUUCCCUUGCGCCCCUCCUUCCCCAGCAGCAGCAGGAUCCGUGGGAAGAAGAGAGGGUGAGGCGGCCGGAGGAGGGGGGAGGGCCUUGAGAGCGGAGUGGAGGAGGGAGAAGGGGAGGGCGAGGGCGGGGAGGAGCACACCGGAGCGAUGGAGGAGAGCCAAGGUGAUGAGAGCUGGGAGAAUGGGAGCAGAUGGGGGUUGA